GCCUCAGUCACAGAGCAGCUGCAGCGGCCGAGAGGAGCGGAGACAACCGGGGAGAGGAGAGUAGAACCGGGGAGACAACCGGGGAGAGGAGAGUAGAACCGGGGAGAGAACCGGAGGAUCUGUCGGUGGGAUCACGGGGCGCAGGACCGAGGCUCCGCAGAGGACACGGGGAGCAGCUGCAGCUGAGGCCGGUGAAGGGCUGUGAUCGUCGGGCUCGUUUCAGCGCUGACACCGUUAAACUGUGGAGCUCCGUCUCGACGGUGAACACGCGUGAGGAGAAUAACAAUGAUCCUGACUGCGUCCUGCUGAGGGACACAGCGGGGACACCCACACCGGGGACAUCCACACCGGGGACAUCCACAUCCACACCGGGGACAGACCGGGGACAUCCACAUUCACCUCAGGGCCAGAGACACAGAGGACAUCCACAUCCAAACCGGGGCCAGAGACACAGAGGACAUCGCCCCGUGGCCAGGGACGCACCCGGCUGGACACAUCCUGGGGCCCAGGCCCCCCCUGAGGAGUUCUACACCCUGAACACAGGAUUUAAUGAGCGACUGUCUCUUUCCCACAAUCCUCCAGUGAGACGCUGACCAUGGGCAACAGCUUCUCCAACAUCUCGGCCUUCCAGUCCCUGCACAUCGUGAUGCUGGGGCUGGACUCAGCCGGGAAGACCACCGUCCUGUACCGACUCAAGUUCAACGAGUUCGUGAACACGGUCCCGACGAUCGGCUUCAACACCGAGAAGAUCAAGCUGAGCAACGGCACGGCCAAGGGCAUCAGCUGCCACUUCUGGGACGUGGGGGGGCAGGAGAAGCUGAGGCCCCUGUGGAAGUCCUACAGCCGCUGCACCGACGGCAUCAUCUACGUGGUGGACUCCGUGGACGUGGACCGGCUGGAGGAGGCCAAGACGGAGCUGCACAAGGUCACCAAGUUCGCCGAGAACCAGGGGACGCCGCUGCUGGUCAUCGCCAACAAGCAGGACCUGCCCAGGUCCCUGCCGGUGGCGGACAUCGAGAAGCAGCUGGCCCUGCACGAGCUGGCCCCCGCCACCACCUACCACAUCCAGCCGGCCUGCGCCAUCAUCGGCGAGGGGCUGCCCGAGGGCAUGGACAAGCUGUACGAGAUGAUCCUGAAGAGGAGGAAAUCCCUGAAGCAGAAGAAGAAGCGGUAGCGUGUGGAUUGAAGCUGUGAACCUGCUGGAGCUAACACAUGAGAACCUGAAGGACUCAACCUGGAGGUGAAGAGGAACAGCCGGCCUGUUCUCUGCUGCUGCCUCUUCUCCUCCAGUGGACCUGAAGCCGUGGACACACACGUUGGGUUUUGCACGUGGCGGCGGUCCCUGGGUUCUUCUGGGGUCGGGGGGGUCCUGCAGACGUUUGUCCUCCUGGACGUUGAAGGACACGUGUCUCCUCGUGCUGGACACACUGACACACUUUGCACUUUUCAUUUCCUGACGGACACAGAUCCAGGUUCAUGUACACGGAAACAGAAGUGAAGUAUUUUUUGAAUAUUAAAACAGUUAAAAUCCACA